UCAAGAAUAUAAACGUGAUAUACAGAAUUGAUCGUGGGAAGACUGAAGCGCAGAACGCCUGUAUGCUUCAGAUUUGUGUUUCGUCCAGCACAAUUACCGGUUGGGACGACUAAAUUAAUAGCCGAUUAUACUUUUUAAUUCUUUUCGUAGCAACCUUUCUUUCAUACAACCUCAACGAAGUGAUCAGAGAAUUUUAUUUCGAGAACAAUAAAGGCCGAAGGGUAAAAACAUGGCGCGAUCUUUAUAUAAAUUGAGUCGUGAACUAUAUGGACACACUGGAGAUGUUAGAGAUUUGGCUGUUGCAGCCGAUGGGAGUCUUGCAUCGGCCUCUAGAGAUAAAACCGGUAUCUUCUGGAGGUUUGAAGAAGGAAAUUAUAUACAAAAUGUAGUAAUGAAGGGUCACAGUAAUUUUGUUAGUUCAGUGUGUAUUAUUAAUCCAAAUCAUAAGUACCCAAAAGGCUGUAUCAUAACUGGAAGUAAUGAUAGUCAUAUUUUUAUUUAUAAUCCUGGAGAAACAGAGCCUGUUCACAAAAUCAAAGCGCAUGAAAAUACAGUAUGUGCAUUACAAACUAGCAAUUUUGAUAAAGAAUCUUUUCUCAGUAGUUCAUGGGAUGUUACAGCAAAAUUGUGGAAUUUAAAUAAUUUAGAAAACCCACAAAUUACAUUUGCAGGUCAUGCAGCAGCUGUUUGGUGCGUAUCAGAUUUAGCAAAUGGUUAUAUAGUAACAGGAGCUGCAGAUAAAAUUGUAAACGUAUAUUUAAGAAAUGGAGUUAUUGUGCAUAAACUUAAAGGUCAUACAGAUUGUGUUAGAGAUAUUGCUGUUAUUAAUGAAAAUGAAUUUUUAACGUGUGCCAAUGAUGCUAUAAUUAAACGAUGGAUUGCAGCGACUGGAGAUUGCUUAGGUGAUUUUUAUGGACACUCAAACUACAUUUAUAGUAUGUCAGCUCUUUAUGGUGGAAAUUUAGUAGUGUCAUCUGGGGAAGAUAAAACAAUUAGAGUUUGGUUAAAAGGCGAAAUAGAUCAAACUAUUACACUCCCUGCACAAUCAGUUUGGUGCGUCAAAUUGUUGCCUAAUGAAGAUAUUGCAUGUGGAUCUUCGGAUGGAAUUCUUAGAAUAUUUACAACUGAUUCAAAAAGGUACGCAGAUUCUGAGACUAUUCAAAAGUUUGAGGAAAGUGUUGCAUAUACCGAACAGACACAAGAUUUUGGCGAUUUAAAAACAAAUGAUUUACCAGAUUCAAGUUCACUACAUCAGCCUGGCAAGAAAGAUGGUGAGAUUAAAUUAGUUAAAGAAGAUACUAAUGUAAAAGCUUAUAGUUGGUCUCAAAAAGAACUAAAGUGGAAUCUUGUUGGUGAUGUAAUGGGUGGCAAUAGCAGUAAUUCUGGAAAGCAAUUAUUCAAUGGAAUUGAAUAUGAUUAUAUUUUCUCUGUUGACAUACAAGAUGGAAUUCCUCCACUAAAAUUACCCUAUAAUAAUGGACAAGAUCCUUGGCUUGUCGCUCAAAAAUUUAUCGAUGAUAAUAGCCUCAGUCAAUUAUAUCUUGAACAAGUUGCAAAUUUUAUAAUAAAAAAUUCAAAGGUAGCCCCAGUUGUAAAUAGCAAACAAUAUGAUGAUCCAUAUACCGGAACCAGUCGACACAUACCAAAUUCACUAGCACAAACAGUUCAUCAACCAGUAGACUCAUCAAUGGUUAAACCAUUAAGUGCUUCUUUAAAUCCGUCCACAUACAUACCAUUAACAACAUUUUUAAAAUUGGAACAAGCAAAUGUAACCGCUAUUCAUGAAAAACUUAAAGAAUUUAACUUAAAACAACAAAGUGAAGGCCAAAGUGUAUUAGAAGACAAAUUAGAAUCUGUGAUAAAGCUUGCUCUUAAUGAAAAUCAAGAAAUAAUAGAAGCUGAAACAAUCAACACUUUAAUGACACUUUUAAGGUGGCCUGACUCAUUUGUUUUUCCCAUUCUUGAUAUUGCACGUUUGGCAGUUUUGCAAGCAACUGUAACUGAUAAACUUUGUACAGACGAAUUCUUUCACUUACUUGAAAGGCAUUUAAGUAAAGAUGCAAUUGCAGCAAAUCAAAUGCUUACAUUUCGGCUAUUCGCAAAUAUGUUUGUUCAUGAUGUAGGAGAAAGACUGUGUCUUCGAUAUAAAAACGAAUUAUUAAAAUUUAUUCCCGAUUUAACCUCACCUGCCAACAAAAAUACUCAAAUUGCAGUAUCAACGUACAUUUUAAAUUUAGUGGUGUCUCUUACCAAAAGAAAUGAUGUAACAGGAAAGACUCAAGUCUUGAAUACUAUUUGUAAUUGCUUUACAUUCUUCAAGGAAGCUGAAGCGAUAUUUAGAAUUUUUGUUGGACUAGGUACUUUACUAAAAAAAUCUGUUGCUGAUGAGCGUGCACAAUUAGUUAAUAUUUUGCUAGAAUCCGAAUACGUACUAAGUACUUUAAAAAGGGUGUCAGACGGUUUAGAGCCAAAUUUACAAAAUAAGCUUGUAUGUGUUUCGAAAGAUAUCAUUAAUUUGAUUUUUUAGAAUAGAAUCAUAAUAAUAUUUUCUUGUCAUUUUUUUAUAUUAAA